AUGCUUGAGGCGGUUGCAUCUCAAGAUUUGUGGAUCUGGCAUGCUUUUUUUGGAGUUGCAGGGUCCAACAAUGAUAUAAACGUGCUUUAUCAGUCUCCACUAUUCAACGAUGUUCUACAAGGGCAAGCGCCUUCCAUCCCAUUCACAGUAAAUGGCACGCAAUAUGCCCAUGGAUACUACCUAACAGACGGUAUAUAUCCUGAGUGGGCAACUUUUGUCAAGAGCUUCCAACAUCCUCAAGAUCCAAAAAGAAGGAAGUUCAAGGAAAUGCAAGAAGCUGCGAGGAAGGAUGUGGAACGUGCAUUUGGGGUUCUCCAAGCUCGUUGGGCAAUGAUUAGAGGUCCGAGUCGCCUUUGGUAUAAAGAAAACAUAACUGAUAUUAUGUAUGCUUGCAUUAUUUUACAUAAUAUGAUAAUUGAAGAUGAAGGGGAAAUGGCAAGUCAAUGGGUUGAAGACGAACCAAGCACGUCGAGCAACAAUAUUGCAGGGAAAAUAAAUCGUGGUUCGGUAGGAGGAUUCAACGAGUACCUCAGAAGGGGUGCUAGAGUACGUAACAAAACAAUACAUCACCAAUUUCGAUCCGAUCUGGUUGAGCACGUGUGGGCGCGAUUCGGCGAUGAUUAG